ACCAUUUCCCACUCUCAAACUUUAAGCAUGCACAUGCUUUCUUUUUCUUCUUCUUCAGCAUCAUCAUCAUCAUCUUCUUCACUCCAAUUCAAUGUACCACCAUCCCAGAAUCCAAAUUAAACCCAAAACAUCCACAACCUUGUCUUCUCAAUUCACACCAAAAUGUCACCAUCUCAACAACUACAACAACAAUCUUCACUCCUUCAAACCCCACAAAACAAACUUCAAAUUCAAACCCACAAACUCAACUCCCAAUCCAACCCCAACCCAAACCCUAAUCUCAAUCUUCCGUUCCAUCCCCGAUUGGGCCGAUGCCAUCAAAGAACGUGGCAUGCAGAAGAACCGCACACUCUACACUCACCCCAAUUGGCUCAACCACCGCAGCUCCCGCCGCCACCUCCGCCACUUCCUCUCAAGCCUCUCCUCCCGCGUCAUCCUCUCCCUCAUACCACCUGUCAUAGCCUUCACCGCUUUCGCCGCCGCCAUCGCCGCCUACAACUCCGCCGUGCUCCUCCAUUUCCUCCCCGAAUUCUUCCCAAUCCUCAGGGCUUCCUCGCUUCCCUACCAGCUCACCGCCCCCGCCCUCGCGCUCCUCCUCGUUUUCCGAACAGAGGCAUCUUAUUCGAGAUUCGUGGAGGGGAAGAAGGCGUGGACGAAGGUCAUCGCCGGCGCACACGAUUUUGUUAGACAGGUCAUGGCUGCGGUUGAUACUCCCUCUGAUUUCCCUAUCAAAAAGCUUCUUUUGCAGUAUAUCAUGGCCUUCCCUCUUGUGCUUAAGUGUCAUGUCUUGUAUGGUUCAGAUGUUAGGAGAGAUCUUCAACAUGUGUUAGAAAUAGAUGAUCUAGCGUUGAUCAUUAAUGCGGAACAUCGACCUCGCUGCAUUAUUGAGUUUAUAUCACAGAGCAUUCGACUGCUAAAAUUGGAAGAAUCUAGAAGAAAUGUCUUGGAAUCAAAGAUCUCUUGUUUCCAUGAAGGAAUUGGCAUAUGUGAACAACUUAUGGGUAUUCCCAUUCCACUAUCAUAUACUCGCUUGACCUCAAGGUUUCUUGUCCUAUGGCACCUGACGCUUCCUGUCAUACUUUGGGAUGAUUGUCAUUGGGUUGUGGUCCCUGCUACCUUUAUUAGUGCUGCCUCUUUGUUCUGCAUUGAAGAAGUUGGAGUUCUGAUAGAGGAGCCAUUUCCAAUGCUUGCACUUGACGAAAUCUGCCAAAAAGCCCUGAAAGACAUCCAAGAAGCAAUAGCAACUGAAAGUUUAAUUCGCGCUCAACUUGUUGCAAAGCGAAACUACCAUUCUAAGUCUAAAGAGCAUUCACCAAAUGGCUGGCCUAACUCCUAGUUGAAAGGAGAACUUUACUAUGAAUGUCUUCUUCAACUUCUGCUCAUGAGGUGGCUCUGUAUGUAGCCAAGUUGAUUAUUGUCAGGAAUUAUAUUAUGUAAUAUAAUUGUGGUACACUGGCAGCAGCUCCGCAAUUUCUAGGAAAUUGCUUAUGAAGUUGGUCUGUAUAUAUAUCAAAUUCACAAUCAUGUACAUAUGAGUAAUCAAUUUAGGCCUUUAUUUUUAUAGAUUAUGUAUGUAGCUUUAGUCCGAACCACGGGUUCUAAUAGGCAUUUGGUUUCUGUAAGCCAUGAAGAAAUUGUUCACUCAUGAAUAACUUUUUAUGCAUGAGGAUCCUAUUUUCCCAAAUG